CAUACUUUUUAUUUUCCUCUAUGGCUCUACUAAUCAUCACAUUCUCCCCCAUAUCGUAUUUCACUUCUGCUUCUUUGGAGGAAGCCAAUGCUCUUAUUAAAUGGAAAGAAAGCCUUGAAAUCCCAAAAAAAUCGUUGCUCUCUUCAUGGAUGCCCCUCCCUUUGAAUUCCAGUGCAUCAGUUCCAUGCACUUCUUGGUCUGGAGUAGUUUGCGAUGUUGAUGGGAACAUUCAGAAGUUGAACCUCACAUCAUCUGGAUUAAAGGGUACGCUUCAUCAAUUUUCAUUCCCUUUGCUACACAAUCUUACACAUUUUAAUCUCAGUGUAAACAACUUCUUUGGCCCCAUCCCACCAGAAAUUCAAUUUUUGUCCAAACUUAUAUAUCUUGACAUUUCAUUGAAUAAUUUUUCGGGAGUAAUCCCACCUGAAAUAGGAAACCUGCUACAGCUAACCAUCAUGCACCUAUACUCAAACAAUAUAUCUGGCUCGAUUCCUUCUUCAUUGGGUGAUUUGAAGUAUCUCAGUGAACUUUCCUUGAGCUACAAUCAACUUGUUGGUUCUAUUCCUUUAUCUCUAGCAAACCUGAGUAACCUACAGAUUCUGAACCUCCGUACUAAUAAUUUAUCUGGUCCCAUUCCUAUUGAACUUGGCAAUUUGAAGUCACUCACUGAUCUUGAGGUGAGCGAAAACAAACUUAAUGGUUCUAUUCCUUCAUCGCUAGCAAACCUCAGCAACUUACAGUGGCUGAACCUCCGUCUUAAUAAAUUAUCUGGUCCCAUUCCUAGUAAACUUGGGAAGUUGAAGUCUCUCACUCAUCUUUCUGUGAGCAGAAAUCAUCUUAAUGGUUUUAUUCCUACAUCAUUUGGUUAUUUGACAUCUUUAAUUCAACUUUAUCUGCAUCACAAUGAGCUUGUUGGUCCCAUUCCUAGGGAACUUGGGAAGUUGAAGUCUCUCACUGAUUUUAAGGUGAACAACAAUCAAAUUAGUGGUUCUAUUCCUCUGUAUUUUGGAAAUUCAAGUCAACUACGAAGACUUGAUUUGUCUUCAAAUCAUUUGGUUGGUGAGAUCCCAAGAGAGUUUGGGAAGAUGAAAAGUAUGCUGUAUUUGUAUUUGGCUGACAACAAACUUUCAGGUGUUAUACCUCUAGAGCUUGGAUUUUGUGAACUCCUUGAAGUACUCGAUCUAUCCAAAAAUAGAUUGAAUGGGUCAAUUCCAAGAAGUAUCAGUCAAUGGGCACAAAUCCACUAUGUGAAUCUUAGUAAUAACAAGCUCAGUGAGAAAAUUCCAUCUGAAAUUGGUAAACUAGUUCAUCUUACGGAACUUGAUUUAUCUCAUAAUUUUCUCACAAAAAAGAUACCAUCUGAAGUUCAAAGUUUGCAAAGUUUGCAAAAACUGGAUCUUUCUCACAAUAGACUAUCUGGUUCUAUUCCUGGUGCUUUUACAAGUUUGCCUAGUGGGAUUGAUAUCAACCUUUCUUUCAAUAACCUCUCAGGGCCGGUCCCUCAUUGUGCUAACUUUUUUAAUGCAUCGAUAGAAAGCAAUCCAGAUUUGUGUGGGAAUGUUACAGGAGUGAAACUUUGUCCAAGUCAAAUUAUGAAGAAGAAAAAUUCUCCCUUUCAUCAUAAGCUCGUCCUUGUAAUUACGCUCCCAGUUAUCGGGGUUGUUUUACUUGGUGUAUUCACGUAUUGCCUUAUUUCUUAUCAACAACAAAAGAAAAAGUCUCCACAAAAACCAUUGGACGAAGAAAUUGGUGAUUAUUUCUCUACUACAAGUUUUGAUGGAAAAGUAGUGUAUGCUGAUAUCUUGAUGGCAACAAAUGAUUUCGAUGAAGCAUACUGCAUUGGGACCGGAGGAUAUGGGACUGUGUAUAAAGCUGAGCUACAACCGAACAAUGUGGUAGCUGUCAAGAAACUUCACUCAUCAUCUGAGAAUGUUGAUCAUAAUGGAUUCCUUAAUGAGGUACAAGCAUUAACGAACAUAAGGCAUCGAAACAUAGUGAAACUCUAUGGAUAUUGCUCCCACAUCCGCCACUCAUUUUUGAUUUAUGAAUACCUUGAAAAUGGAAGCCUUGGAUCAACCUUAAGAAGCGAUGUCUUAGCAAAAGAAUUGGAUUGGUUAAAAAGGGUAAAUAUUGUAAAGGGUGUAGCUAACGGUUUGGCUUAUAUGCAUCACGAUUGCUCACCUUCUAUAAUUCAUAGAGACAUAUCCAUAGCCAACAUUCUUCUUGAUUCUGAUUAUGAGGCACAUAUUUCUGAUUUUGGCACGUCCAAGCUUUUAAAGCUCGAUUCAUCAUCCAACUGGACCACAAUUGCAGGCACCUAUGGUUAUAUCGCACCAGAGCUUGCUUAUACGAUGGUGGCAAAUGAGAAAUGUGAUGUGUAUAGCUUUGGAGUUGUUGCACUAGAAGUGAUAAUGGGAAAGCAUCCUGGAGAACUGAUAACAUCUUUUCCUACAUUGUCUGAUGAUCUGGUGCCAGAAAAUGUGGGAGAUAGUCGGAUACCUCCUCCCUCAUCCCAAGUUGAGAAACAAGUUAAGUUGGUUUUGAGUCUCUCAAGAAAAUGUUUGAACUCCAAUCCACAUGAAAGACCAACAAUGAAACAAGUUUCAAAUAUGUUAAUGAAGGAUCAUCUGCUUUGA